CCUAAAAUUCCAAUUGAAUACACCCCACUUAGUUUGUUUGCCCAAUUUAUCUCCUCUGCGCUCUGAUUUCAGCGGAGCACACGAUUCCUAUCACCAUUGCGGCGGCAACGCACUAACUUUCGACAAGAUUUCGCCGGAAGCUGCCUACUUCGGAAGAGACUUCCUCUGCCCCAGCCGGUGUUUUGCUUCAGGUUUUCUCCUCUUCUUUCUAAUCUCUUCAGCUCUUCGUUUUUCUUCUUCAAUUUUGCGGCAAAGCUUGAAUUAGCUCUGAAUUCUAGGUGUCUGUUUGAUUUAUGGAACUAUAAAAAUUUCAUCUUUUAGAUAAAUAUACACGCAUAUAUAUUUAGGGUUUAAGGGUACUUGAACUCAGUUUGAUGAAAUUGAUUUGUGAAACUGUAAAAAGUUUUAAUUUUGAAGUAUAAUUGUCUUUUGCUUUAAGACUGAGAGGAUUAUUGGGCAAUAUUAUUAGGACAGAAUUAUGAGAGUGAAAAGGCAGAAGCGUCACCGGAAGAGUGUGAGGUUCUACACAGCAUGCUACGGAUUCAGACAGCCGUACAAGGUGCUCUGCGAUGUCACUUUCGUGCACCACCUCGUCACCAAUCGCAUUACCCCCGUCGACAAGGCCAUCUCUAAUGUCCUCGGGGCCCUUGUCCUGCUAUUCACCACCAAAUGCGCUCUCGCCGAGUUGAAACAACACGGUCCAAUGCUUGGUCCUUCCUAUUCACAGUCUCUUGAAGCUGCUAAUAUCCUUAUUAUUGCAAGGUGUGUUCAUUAGAGUCCUGCGAGUGCUGAGGAUUGCAUCUUGGAUGUUGUUGGGCAAAGUAAUUCCGAGCACUUCUUUGUUGCUACUCAGGACGUUGAUCUUCGUCUCUCAAGGUUGGUGAUACCAGGUGUCCCUGCUAUAUACGCUCUGAGAACUGCUCUUUUGCUGGAGUCCCCUUCUGAUGCCCAACGCCAAUUUGUCAAAUCUUCUGAAGAAUAACGCUUGCAUAUGACUGAAUUGGAAUACAAGAUGUUGAAGAAGAAAAAGAAUAUUCUGAAUUCUCAUGAAAAAGACGAUCCCUCUGGUGAAGAAGAUGGUUUUGGAGAUCAGAACAUGGAAGCGCAGGUUGGCAAAAGGGGUACCGCUAGGAAAGGAUUGGGAGUGAAGGAUAAAGUUCAAUUUAAGAGAAAGAGGGCAAAGGGUCCAAACCCCCUUUCGUGUAAGAAGAAAAAGAUGAAAAACACUGAUCGUCAUUCUCUACAGGAAAGGAAGGAUGGAGAUGCUACUCUGAGGAGUCGUAAGAAACGGAGUAGAUCAUGGAAAGGCAAAAAGACUCUGGAGGCUGAUGGGUAAUGUUCCUAGGAUAAAAGGUUUUGUAAUGUAGCUUUCAUUGGAGCAACAAGUUGAACUCUCACUGUACUAUGUUCAAUUUUGAACGAGUGAUUAUCAGUAUCGUUAAACGAGUGAUUAUCAUGCC